CAACAAUGAUUUUUUUGACAAUUGGAACCAAAUAGUAUAACCAAGCAUUCGGCUAAACCCUAUUCCCAAUUUCCACACUUCAGUGAGCUUCUAGGGUUUAAUUCUUCCCCAAUUUCCGCACUCUACCCUGUAAUUAGUAUUCCAGCUGAAGAGUGUGGAAGGAAAAUGGGUCGGGCAUACAAAAUGAAGGGGCAGAAGAGGAAGAAGAAAGAAGAGAAAUACGACAAAGAGGAAGAAUUCGAGCAAUUAGAUGAAAAGGAGAAUCCGCCGUCGCCGAAGAAAGUGAAAACAGAAGGCUCGGAGUCGGAGAAUGUGGAGGAAAUGGAGCCAGUUAUUGAUGAAAUGCCUGGUAUUCCGAUUGUUCAGGUGGACACAAGCAGUAAGAAACCGGGGGUUAUCUUUGUUCUUGAGAAGGCGUCUUUGGAAAUUGCAAAAGUUGGGAAGACCUACCAGCUUUUGAGUUCCGAUGAGCAUGCCAAUUAUUUGACAAAAAAUAAGCGGAAUCCUGCAGAUUAUCGGCCUGACAUUGCUUUUCAGGCAAUUCAAACAAUUUUGGACAGCCGUGUGAACAAAAGUGGAAGAUUGAAGGCUUUGUACGUGAGGACACAGCAAGGUCUUCUUUUAGAGAUCAAACCUCAUGCUCGUAUGCCAAGGACAUAUAAGCGGUUCUCUGGUCUCAUGGUGCAAUUGCUGCAGAAGCUGCAUAUUACUGCAGCUGGUAAGGGUGAAAAACUUUUGCGUGUCAUCAAGAACCCCGUUACCCAGUAUUUACCCAUCAACUCCCGUAAAAUAGGCUUUUCACACAGUUCAGAAAAAUUGGUUGACAUGUACAACUAUGUUGGUACUAUUAACAAUGACUUGGACCUCGUUUUCGUGGUUGGGGCAAUGUCCCAUGGGAAAAUUGAAGACGAGUAUGUGGAAGAUUAUAUAUCAAUCUCUGAAUAUCCGAUGAGUGCCGCAUAUUGUAUAUCAAUUAUUACGACCGCGGUGGAGCGAAAAUGGAAAAUCUUGUAAAUGCAUCAUCCUUCUCUCCGGCCCUUUGAAGCCCGUGGCUGCCAUAUGGUUGAACACCUUGAACUAUUGGCCCUGGUAGAUUUCCUUACAAUUUCAUCGGCAGUAAUCAAUCAUAGUUGUUGUAGUAGGAUUGCAAAAUUGUAAUUGAAUUAAUGUACCAAUACUGAGAUUUUCUCAACUUUUGACACCAGAAGCCAUUUUGGAUGGUUAAAUUGCGUAUUCACAUUGAACUUUUGAAUAUUAA